AUGAAGUUCACCGUUCCUCUCCUCGCCGCCGCCUCGCUGGUCGUCGCACAGAGCAACCCCCUCAACAGCAUUCCCCAGUGCGCUCAAGACUGCGUCGGCAAGUUCUUGAGCGGCAGCAAUAUCGCUGGCUGCAGCUUGGUCGACUAUGGCUGCAUCUGCCGCAACAAAGACUUUAUCAAUAAUAUUGCCUGCUGCCUAGCCCCCGUGUGCGACGACCAGGGCAAGGCCGACACCAUUUCCCUUGCCAACAAGCUCUGCAAGGCAUUCAACGUCGACUUGCCCACCGCCGUCACCUGCAACACGGCCGCCAGCGCCUCCUCCACGGCCGCCUCGUCCGGCUCGGCCUCGUCCUCGUCGGGUGCUAGUCAGACUACCACCGCUACCUCGUCUGCCGCACAAAGUAACAGUGCGACAAACAGCGGUGCCGCCGCCUCGACCACCAAACCCAACGCCGCUCCCACCAAUGUCGCUGGCCUAGUCGGUGCUGCCGCCGCUCUUGCCUUUGCAUUGUAA